UGACGUCAAACUGUUUCCGGGCUGAGGGUGUUUCCUUUUGUAGCGUGUUUGCUGUCAGGGAAACGGUUUAUUUUUGUUUGUUUGUUUACAGAAGAGAAAGGAGUUAAGCAUCAGAACAGAUGGAGGGGAGUGACUCUGGGUGCCCAGCUGACCCCUCAGAGGUGUCCCAGAGAGACAGCGUGUCUUCAGCCGGGGCGAGGGCUCACAGUGUGCUGAUCUACCUGGUUAAUGACACGGCAGUGCAGGUCACUGUUGAGAGCCUCUCCAGCAUCACGACUCUGGAUUUGGGGCGCAUGGUCCGGGAGGUUCUGCAGCUCCCCGAAACCUCCGCUGAUGUUUUCGCCCUCUGGCUGGUCUCCCCGCUGCUCGAGCUGCAGCUAAAAUCCAGACACCAACCUUAUAAAGUGUGCCGGCAAUGGCAGGACCUGCUGUACCGAUUCACUGAAAGCAGUGAGGAGGAGAUUGCACAUGAUGAACCUUUCCUGCAGUUCAGAAGAAAUGUGUUUUUCCCAAAAGCCAAGGAGCUGCUGAUUGAGGAGGAGGGGGUGCUCCGGCUGCUCUAUGAAGAGGCGAAGGGCAACAUCCUGGAGGGGCGCUACCCCUGUGACCCCCAGGACUGUGAGAGUCUGGGGGCGCUGAGCUGCAGGGUGGAGCUGGGGCGCUGUGAGGGGGAGGAGCACUGUGCGGCCGUCAGCUCGAAGCUGGGCUCUUUCCUGCCCCCCCACCUGUGUCGGAGGGCUGCUGGGGGGCUGCUGUCGGUGCUGCGGGGGGGACGCAGGGUGCGGGAGGGGGAGAGGCUGGUCCAGGCUUACCGCAGCCUCUCUGAGCACAGCGGCUGCAGCGAGGAGGAGCAGAUCAAGAGACACCUGCAGAGCUACCUGAGCCUCUGCCAGAGCCUGCCUUACUACGGCUGUGCCAUGUUCUCGGGGCAGAUUGACAAGCCAGUUCAGGGGCUCCUGCAGAGGGGGGGCAGGAAGAGUGUGUGUGUGGGGAUCAGUCUGGAGGGAGUCUACAUCAUCGACACCAAGGAGAAGCAUGUUCUGCUGGGUCUGUGUUUCUCUCUUCUGCUCUGGGAGCAUGUCCUCACUGAGGAGGGGGGGGACUCUCACAUCCUGUGGCUGGAGUUCGACGGGGAGGAGGCCGGGACUCCCGUAAACAAGCUGCUCAAGAUCUACUCCAAGCAGGCGGAGCUGAUGAGCGGGCUGAUCGAGUUCUGCGUGGAGCUCGGCGCCGCUCAGGGGGACGAGGCCGGCGAUGUCGCCGCUACCCAGAAGCCCCCGGGGGGGGGGAAGGGCUUGGAGAAGCGCGGGAAGCUGAGGAGACAGAACAGCGUCGUGUGCAACCGCUUAGAGAACCUGUCAACGAUCAACUACGUGGACGCAGGUAAAGAGAUCAAGCGGGUGAAGCCGAAGCGUGCCGCCUCCUUCUUCUCACGACAGCCCCCCUCCGGCUCCGCCUCCUACACGUCUGUGCAGGUGACUGACAGCCUGGAGCAGGGCUGAGGGAGAGAGGAGCGCCCCCUGCUGGAGGGAGGACCAAAACACAAACACAUUCAGAAACUGCCAGAGGACCUGAGAACUGGGACCAAAGUGAAUGAAGAAAACUGAACUAUAUACACACAGAGAGACACACACACACCUACACACACACAGAGACAGACUGAGACAGAUACACUCACACAGAGACAGAC